UCUGCCUGCAAAGCUCAGCAGCACGGAGGGAGUAAGGGAGCUAGAUCCAGGGAUCUGCAACAGAAACCAUGACAGCCUAAAUACCCUGUGGUGCCAACUCCCAGAUUCUCAUCUAUCACUUUCAGACCCUGACUGGCCACAGAGCAGCAGAAUUUCAACUCCAAUAAACUUGAAUGUGCUUCUAGGAAAAGAAGCCAAGCUAAGGAGGAAGGGGGUUGGAAGAGCUUCUCUUGGGCAUUUGUCAGACUUCUACCUCCUGGCUGUGUGCAAAGAGGGGACUCAACCUCAGCUUCAAGCUCCCGGCUCUGGAUCCUGCCUCUCAGCAGAUCUAGCCAGCAUGAAGGCUGUGCUUCUCCUCCUGUAUGCAGUGGGAACUGCUGCCGCCAUCCCGACAAGUGCAAAGUUUCUCUCUGAUCAUUCCAACCCAACUACCACAACACUGGUGACAUCAGAAGAUGCUACAGUCCCCAUUGUUGGGGUUGAAGCUACAGCAGACAUAGAAAACCAUCCCAAUGAUAAGGCUGAAAAAUCUUCAGCACUGAAUUCAGAAGAGGAAACCCAGGAGCAUUCAACAGAGCAGGACAAAACCUACAGCUUUGAAGUGGACCUGAAGGAUGAGGAGGAUGGGGAUUUAAGUGUAGAUCCAAUGGAAGGAGUGCUGGAUCUACAAGAAGGUACAAGUAAGCCUCAACAGAAAAGUCUCCUGGAGAACGCUGACUUCUCUGCUCCUGUCCCCACUUCCCUUGUGGAUUUUAACCAACGUGCAAAUGUCACAAAGGGACAGGAGCAACCUGUAAGUAACUCACACCAGCAACCGAACAGCAAGCAGACCCAAGACUUAAUGGACGAAGACAGUCAGACACAAGAUCCAGGCAUUCCCAAUGAAGGAGAGGAAGAAGAGGAAGAGCUAGAAGAUAUUGGUGCCCCCAGUGAUAACCAAGAGGAGGGAAAAGAACCUCCCGAGGAGCAGCCUACCAGCAAGUGGGAAGGAAAUGGAGACCAAGCUGAUGACACCUUAGAAGAGUCCAGACAACCAACUCAGAUAAACAAGACACAGAAGAAUCAGUUUGAGCAAGGAAAUCAAGGACAAGAGAGUGACUCUAAUGCAGAAGGGGAGGAGAGCAAGGAACACGUUCCUCAUACAGAGUGGCAGGGCCAAGAAGAGAAAGCUGUCCUUGAAGCUAUUGACAACCAGAAGGAUCCAGAUGAAAAGACACUUUCCACAGAACCUAGCGAUGCUGCCACGGUGCCUAGGAAUCACGGAGCCAGUGAUAACAGGGGCGGUGAUGAUUCUAAGCAUGGUGCAAGCGAUGACUAUCUCAUCCCCAGCCAGGAAUUCCUAGAGGCUGAAAGAAUGCAUUCCCUCUCCUAUUACCUCAAAUACAGUGAGGAGACAAUAGGCGAGAGUGAGAACCGGAGUGAGGCUGGAGACAACCAAGGGGCCAAGAAAGCUGAGAGCUCACCAAAUGCUGAACCUUCAGAUGAGGGCAAUUCAGGGGGACACAGUGCUGAUUCUUGCAUGAACUUCCAAUGUAAAAGGGGACACAGUUGCAAAACUGAUCAACAAGGGAAACCCCACUGUGUUUGCCAAGAUCCAGAGACUUGUCCUCCUGCAAAAAUCCUCGAUCAAGCUUGUGGCACUGACAACCAGACCUACGCCAGCUCCUGUCACCUGUUUGCUACCAAGUGCAUGCUGGAAGGGACCAAAAAGGGACACCAACUGCAGUUGGAUUAUUUUGGAGCUUGCAAAUCUAUUCCUGCUUGUACGGACUUCGAAGUGGCUCAGUUUCCCCUGCGGAUGAGAGACUGGCUCAAAAACAUCCUCAUGCAGCUUUAUGAACCGAAUCCCAAACAUGGCGGCUAUCUGAAUGAGAAGCAAAGAAGCAAAGUCAAGAAAAUUUACCUGGAUGAGAAGAGACUCUUGGCUGGAGACCAUCCCAUUGAGCUUCUCUUGAGGGACUUUAAGAAAAACUACCACAUGUAUGUGUAUCCUGUGCACUGGCAGUUUAGUGAACUGGAUCAGCAUCCUGCGGACAGGAUUUUGACACAUUCUGAACUUGCUCCUCUGAGAGCUUCCCUGGUGCCCAUGGAACACUGCAUAACACGCUUCUUUGAGGAGUGUGACCCCAACAAGGAUAAGCACAUCACCUUGAAGGAAUGGGGCCACUGCUUUGGAAUUAAAGAAGAAGACAUAGAUGAAAACCUCCUCUUUUGAGUUAAGAUUUGAGAGAAUUGAAACUUUCCAUCUGCCUCGCCUGCUUUAACCGCUUCGGAAAUAUGAGCAGCCGUGCCACUCUUCAUUCAUAUGUAGCAAGACGUGUGUUUGCAUGUGAGACAAGACAGUGGGAGUAAUUGCUUCUUGUUGACAUAUAUAUAUUUGAGCCACGCACUUAACAUUAACUUAGGAAUAAAAGUUAAAAAUUAAGUAGAGUUGAUGUCUGUAAAAGACUGUCCUGUCUGAGGACAGUUACCCAUGGCAAUGUAACUCUGUGCAUCUGCAUUUAUAACUGAUAAUCAUAAACUAUUAAAAAAAAACAGUGUUCAUACUGUCCAUAACACCUUACACAUGCUAAGGAAGUGGGACACUGCUCCUUGAGAUUAACAUGCCUCAUUUUCAGUGUCUCGCUGUCCAAAUAAAAAGUCUAUAGAACCUCAAAUGUCUGCUCAAGAUUAUUUCCAGUUUUAAAACAAUCAAAUGUAAAAGACCAACCCAGGGCUUACGUUAGAGAAUAAAAUGGAACUCUGCUUGUUAACUACUGGAAAUAAAAAAAAAGUGUUUUUAAAGGAAA